AUGAGACGACUAAAAAGGAAUAGAACUCAACAACCAAUAAUAAACACAUUAAUAAAUCCCCUUUCUGUCACGGUACCUAAUAUUUUGGUAGAUGAGGUGGUAGAAUUCCCUUUUGAAAGUGAUUCUCCUGUUUUGCAAGAACGAACUCAAAGAAUCGUUGAACCAGAAUAUCUUCAACUUAAACAACAGAGAUGUUGA